GGGGGGGGCAGGCGGCCGCAGGCCAGGCCCAGAAUAGACACUGCCUCCGAGGUAAAAUUAGCCCGAUGAGAGGGUGGGGGCUGAGACGAGCCCACUGAGGCUGAGCUCAGAGGGCACCGGGACCUGCGGGAGACAGCCACGGGAAGGCAGCGGCCACCGGUCCCCGAGCCCCGUCGCAGCAGGGUCGGAGGGAGAGCACCCCCGCGGAGAGCGGGGCCCAGGCUGACCUCAUGGGGCCCCUUCGGCCAGGCCUCCGCUGCGUCCUCCUCCUCCUGCUGCUGUCCGCCCCCCGGGCCCCCGCCGGCCUCUCCGGAGCCCAGGCCCUGAGUGCCCCGGGAGAGCCUGAGCAUGGAAGCCAGCCCCACCGCACGGUCCCCGGGCCCGGGGACCCCGGGGAGGACGAAGGCUCCUCGGCAGAGUCUGGCCUCUGGGGGGCCCGGAGCGAGCACAGCCGCCCUGAGGACAAGCCUGUGGAACACGGACACUGGGGUGGAGAAGAGGAGGAGGAAGACGCUUCCCGGGAGCACAGGCCCGGGAGCCAGGAGAGCGGCCAGAGCGCCUCAGAGGAGCGGGAGGACGAGGAGCCCGUCUCCACAGAGCUUGGCCGCCAGGCUCUGGGGGACCCGGGGCCCGAGGAAGAAGAAGACAGGUCAGCAGCGUGGGGCCCCCCGGUGAGCCCCAGGGAUGACGCCAUGGAGGAGGAGCCCCUUAGCCCAGUCUCUGCCAAGUACCCAGGGGAGGAGGAGGAGGAGGAAGAGGAGGAAGACUCUGUCCCUGAGCCCAGCCACUGGGGAAGCCCCGGGGGCAGCAGAGGGCCCCAAGGACAAGAGGAGGAGGGGGAGGAGGAAGAAGAGGAGGAGGAGGAGGCCGCUCACUGGAGGGGACCCCAGAGUCCAGCAGAGUCAGAAGAGGAGGCUGAGCCCACAGACAGUGAGGAGGAGCCCACAACAGGAGACAGCAGCACCUUUGCUGAGCAGGACCAGGCACUGCCAUACCCUCAGGAGGAGGAGGAGGAGGAGGAAGAGCACUGGGGAGGCCUGAGGCCCAGAGCCCAAGAGGAGGAGGAGGAGGAGGAGGAGGAAGAGCACUGGGGAGGCCUGAGGCCCAGAGCCCAAGAGGAGGAGGAGGAGGAGGAGGAAGAGAAUUGGGGAGGGCCUUGGCUCAAGGAGGAGGAAGAGGAGGAGGAGGAAGAGCACUGGGGAGGCUUGAGGCCCAGAGCCCAAGAGGAGGAGGAGGAGGAAGUCCAUGAGAGAAGCCGGGAGGAGACUGAGCAGUUGGAAGUCUCCACUGUGGAGGAGCCCCUGAGGGCUGAGGUCCCCCAUGAGGACCAAGAAGAGGAAGCUGGUGCCCCAGAGGCCAGAGACAGCUGGGAAGAAGUGGGCAGCAGGGCCCCAGGAGAGGAGAGCCUGGAAGAGCACAGUGAGGAGCAGGAGGAGGAGGAGGCCCCAGGCCAGGGCCCGAAGGAGGACGAGGAAGAGGAGUACCAGCCAGGCUCCCUGUGCCACUACUGCGACUUUUGCAAGAGAUGUACUGAGUGCGAGUCCUGCCGCUGUGACGAGGAAAACAUGGGAGAGCACUGCGAUCACUGCAAGCACUGCCAGUUCUGCUAUCUCUGCCCUCUACUCUGCGAGACCGUCUGUGCCCCUGGAGGCUAUGUGGACCACUUCUCAUCCAACCUGUUUCAGGCCCUGGCCGAGUUAGUGGAAACCCCAGAACCGUGAAGAAAUUUUGGACAAACAGCAACCCCCACUCUUGGCUCCACCCACUUAUUUAUUUUGAAUAAACCCGAUCCUUGCAGGAG